UGGCCGAGUUGUUUCUGCAUUACUCUAUUAUUAUUUUUAAUUGUGAAAUUUAAUAAAUUUUCGUUCUUACGUGCUAGUUUAAACGUUAUUUCUUUUGUUUUAAAAGAUUUUGUGUGUUUCUGUAACUCUCAUGAUUUUUAUGCUUUUAAAACAUGUUUGACCGCGGAUGCGUUACAGACCGCAGUUCAUUGCCUUAUGUAAAACUGGAAAUGGUGUUUCUUCCGUGAGUGACCGAAAUAUAUAGUGACUUAUGUGUUCGGUGUUUAGGUCGAAACCAGCGAUAGUGAAUAGUGUAUUACAAUGUCUAAUUCGACAGCCCAAGUAUUAAUGAAGAAGGGUAAAAGGGGGGCAGCUUCGUACAUACAUGCGGACUGCGCCAGUGGGUCGCCCCAGCACUUGGGGCCACUUUUGGACGUGCUGCUGAACCCUAGCAAGGCUAUCGACGAAUGGGAAACGAUAGAUUGGUGCCGAUGGCUGUUGGCUGGAGGCAGAACACCCGAUGAAUUCGCGGCAGUUGUGCGGAGUUAUGACAAGCACGAUAAAUGCGGUCUGGUGUGGAUACCGCGCGUGGUGGCGUACCGCUGCCGCACGUGUGGCAUAUCACCCUGUAUGUCCAUCUGCAGGGACUGCUUCCACCGCGGCGACCACUCUACGCACGACUUCAACAUGUUCCUCUCACAAGCAGGAGGGGCAUGCGACUGCGGGGAUAAUUCUGUUAUGAAAGAGGAUGGGUUUUGCAGUAACCAUGGCAACAAGUGUCCGCGGACGGGCGCCGCUCCUGCCGAGCUGAUGUGUGUAGCGGAGGCCAUGAUGCCCAGACUUAUACUGCGACUCCUCCAGCAUUUUAGAGAGAACAGUUGGGGUACACAAACAACAUCAGACAGUUAUCGUAUCGCGGUUCAGGAGUGCGAAGGAUACGUGCAAAUGUUGAUGGAAUUUAACAAUAUGGGUGACCUCAUGCGAUCUGCUAUGACGAAAGCACUUAUUAAUCCACAGAUGUACCGCAACCUGGUAGAGCCGCCGUUCCCGGACACGGAGUACGGGCGGUACAUGGCCGAGUCUAACAAGAUGUACGAGAAGGCCAUCGAGUCCUUCCCCGCACCGGAGCCGCCCGACGAAUACCGACAUCUUCCUGCGCUGGCUCCCCGGCUGCAGCACAACACGCUGCUGGACGAGUUCAUAUUCUGGACUUUCAAGUACGAGUUUCCACAGAACGUGGUCUGCUUCCUGCUCAACAUGUUGCCAGAUCAAGAUUAUAAGGAGCAUCUAACGCGUACGUUCGUGAUGCACUACGCUCGCAUACCGCUGGUACUGGAAAGUGCAGCUGACCCCGACACAUUGUCCAACAGAGUAGUGCACAUGUCAGUACAACUGUUCUCUAAUGAGGCUCUGGCCUUGCGCUGCGUACAACAACUGCAUCUACUCCACGUCAUGGUGUUGUCGCUGCGUCUGAUGAUGGGGCGUAUCCUCGUCCGCAACUCCCUGCAUGACCCUGACGCGAACCUGCACCGUGUGAUCGACUGCACGCGAAGAGUUAUGAAGGAGCAUUGCUAUUGGCCGCUGGUUUCUGACUUCAAUAAUGUGUUAAGUCAUAAAAGUGUGGCGUUGCUGUUCCUACAAGAUGAUGCGCUUGUCGAUAUGUGGUUCGAGUUUCUCUCUAUGUUGCAAGGAAUGAACGUGAACGUACGUGAAACAGGCGGGCACAUAGAAUUUGAACCAUCCUCGUACUACGCGGCGUUCUCAUGCGAGCUGGAGGCGGCUGCGUAUCCCAUGUGGUCAGUGCUCGGCCAUCUGUCGGAGCCUGCGCACGCGCCGCUCGCACGCCGCAUGGUGGCCGCAGCGCUCGCAUAUCUACGUGACUGGCUCGACGCUGUUAAUUUUACAACGCCGCAUAUGCAUCGGACGGAGGCGAUGCACGCGUCGUUCCACUUCCCGCUGCACCGGUACCUGGCGGCGUUCCUGUGCGCCGGAGUGCGCUGUCUCGGUCUGCGCGCCGCUGACCUGCUGCCCUCGCAGGACCUGCUGGCGCUGCUCGCCGCGCACCCGCUCAGAGUGCAGAGUCUUUUCUACGAGAUCCUGGCUGGGGUGUGGGUGCGCAACGGGCUUCAGAUCAAAGGUCAAGCGAUGACGUACAUUCAGGCAAACUUCUGCAACUCCAUGGUAGAUAUGGAUAUCUACUGGCUACAGAUCUGCGCAGCUCAUCUGCCAGCUGAUCAGUUCCUGGAUAUGUGUAUUGAUAUGUUUGGCGUGCGUGAGUGGCUCAGUAUGACGCCGUUGUCGCCGGCACAAGCGGCCGAGCAAGAUGCCAUGCUGGAAGGCCUGCUCACCUUCCUUGCUAUACUCGUCUCUUCCAGAACUAACCUAGGUAACGACGAGCUGACGCAGUCCCGGCUGGAGGUGAGCACUCUGCUGGCGGCGGGAGACAAGACGCACUCGCAGCUGCUGGAGCUGAUGCCGGAGCGCUCCGGCAACGCGCAUACCAGAAACUUUGAGAGCGUACUCAAAGAGUUGUCUACGUACCGUCCUCCUCCAAAGGGGUCAGAGAACCUGGAGCAGGGUCUGUUCGUGCCGAAGCCGGUUGUGUGGGAGCAGCACUACGACCCGCUGCACGUGCUGCGCCGCGCCGUGCACCGCAGGGACUUCCACUCCUCCAUGGACAGAUUCACCGCAUAUGUACGCGAGAAGCAGAAGGCGGAGGGAGGUGUGAGUGGUGCGGCGAGCAGCCCCAGCAGUGCGGGCAGCGCGGCCAGCACGGCGGGGACCAGCUCGGCCAGCGGUACCGGCACGCUGUGGCCGCCGCUACGACCUGCGCAGGCGCCGCCCGCAGCCGCCGGCGAUCCCAGGCUCAUCUGUCUCUCUGGCGUGCUGCACGGCGCGCUGCUGGCGGUGCUGCACCGCGGCGUGCGGCGGCGGGACGGGCGUUCAGUAUGUGUGGCGCACAGCGAGGGCGGGUCACGUGCGCGCUGCGUGCGCGGUGUGCCGCUCCUGCGCGCGUUCGCUGGCGGCGCGCUGUGUGACAACGCGCGCACAGUGGUCGCCGCCGUGCCCCCGCUGCACCGCCCACAGGCACGCCCACAUCUCUACCCCAGGCACGCCCCCACGUAUCACUCCGAUAGUGAUACGGAAUGGGAGCCGUCAGAAUCAGAGGCGGGGCGAUUGCCUCCGCCCAACAAGUCCGUGUCUUUACCGGCAACUAGUACAGCUUUGGCUGUGCCUACCGCCAUGCAGAUGGCGCGAUUGGUACAUAGAAACUCAGUCCCCGACGACCAAUCAGACGCCGGAGGUGAUUCGACAGAAGUACGAGCAUUAGAGAGUGGAAGUGGAGAAAGUCAAGCCCUGGUGCUGCAGACACUGACCGACUCCGACAUGGACUCUGACAACCAAAUGACCUUGGCGAUACCUACACAGAGUGACCUGGACACACCUCCCGUGCCCAUUGAAUAUGACACAACGGACCCGUUGGAGACGCACUGGCAAGCGCUGCCCGCGCCUCCCGCCGCGCCCUCUCCGCCCAUGCCCUCCUCCGCCGACACACAGAUGCAAGUACACAGUCAACCGGACGAAUCUAUUCCAGUGAACGAAUCCAUAAUAUCUUUACUGCUCAAACUGCACUCACAACUGUCUGGACGACUGGACUCAUUUUCUUUGGAAGAACCAGCACCAGCGUCACAGGAACCUAUCGGCGAUGGUCCGUAUUUCAUCGGUCAAGUGCUACGCAAGCUGGCUGCACUGGACGCGCGCUGUGCCGCCGCCGUGCAGCACGUACGUCGCACGCUGUGGCCACACCAGCGCGAGCGGCAGGCGGAGCAGCGAGCCAGAGAGCGUCGUGAGAAGGAGGAGCGUUCUCGACGUGCUCGCGAGCGCCAGCAAGCAGUGAUGCGGGAGUUCGCGCGUCGGCAACAGCAGUUCCUGUCAGCGAUGCGUGCGGAGGCGGGCGACGCCAUGGACUGGGAGGAUGAGCAGCCCGCGCGUGACUACGACUGCGUCAUCUGCAAUACCACCGCCCCCGCCACGCACCACGAUCCGAUAGGACUAGUCGUGUUGCUACAGUCUACAUCGGUGCUGGGUCACCGACGUCGGGCGGGAUGCGGUGGGGCGCGGCUGGCGCUGUGCGAGGCGGAACGCGCGCGGUUGGCCGGCCAGCGCGAGCUCACAGCCGCUGCACACCACUAUCGUUUGCACGACGAUCUGCACCAGCACUUCGACCAGGAGUCAUGGGUAGUGAGCGUGAGCGUCGGUUGGGAAGGCGGCGUGCACGCGCAGUCGUGCGGGCACCACCUGCAUUUGCGCUGCCUGCGCGCGUACCUGCGCUCGCUGGCCGCGCCACGCCCCCACAACCUGCACGUGGAGCGCGGCGAGUUCCUCUGCCCCGUGUGCCGACAGCUCGCCAACAGCGUGCUGCCCCUCGCGCCCGCACCGCCCCGCUCGACCACCACGCCCUCCCCCGCCGCCUCGCCCGCCUCCCCCCUCGCCCCAUCUGCGCCUCCAUCACCAGUUGAACAAAUACUGGACAUGCUCGAACGUGAACAUCCACCCCCUAGCCCGUCGCGUCUGUCGGAGGCGAUGGGCAAGGCGAUGGAAGACAUGACGGCGAUGGCGGGUGGUAAGCUAAAACAGCGGUACGGCUCCUCGCCCGCGGCCAUCUUCACCUUCGUGGCGUCUCUCGUGCGCAGCAAUGUGGAGUGCGAGCUGGUGCAGCGCGGCGGCGCCCUGCUGCGACAUCCCGCGCCGCGAUACAAGCCGCGAGACGACUGCAUUGUGCCAUUGAUGGCGGUAGCUGGAGCACACGCACGCGCUCUAGCGGCAGCUGGCGCGGCGCUGGGUGCGGCCAACACGUGGCGCGCGCUGCGGCCCGCUCCACAGGGCGCGGCGGGGAGCGCGGGACUGGGCGGGGGCGCUGUGGCCGCCGCGCCCGGCGCCGCCACCCGGCCCGUGCCUCUGCUGCUGCGCGACCCGCUGGCCCUGCUCAUGCACCUGCUGCUGCUAGCACCGCACACCGCGCCCUAUCUAGAGAUACAGCACUUUACGUGCAUAGUGAGCUCUUUGUACGCACUGACGUACUACCAAGUGGUGUGCCAGCUACUCGCCGGUGGCGAGGCGGGGUUGUGCGAGGCGGGGGCGGGGCCGGGGGAGACAGAGACGGAGGGCGGGGCCGGGUGCGCGGUGCGGGCCGCCGCGCGCCUCUUGCUGCCGGCGCUGGCCGGUGCCGCGCUGCUCGACGACGAUGCGCCCCCGACCACGCAUCAGGCCGCGAGGCCGCUCGACGUCGACCUGCUAGAGGCGCAGGUUCAAGAGCUUCUCCUCCCGUUCCUACGUAUAUCUGCCCUGCUGCGGAAGCACAUCUACGGCCAGCCGCUGCCCGACAUCGACAACGCGCAGGAUGAAUUCCCGCAAUUAGUACAGUAUCUAGAGCUGGUGCAGGCUGGAGUGGGCGGUGAGGUACGCGCCGCUUCCGCGCUGCACGAGGACGCACCGCACGCCGCGCGCGCUUGGGCACGCCAGCUCGCCGCUGCCGCUACUGGCGGCCAGCUUGCUAUCCGUCGUGUGAUCCGGUCGCUGCACGUGUCGUGGUGCCAGCCGGCGCUGCUGGCGCUGCCGCGAGACUACGACCGCCUGUUCACGUACUACCACGAGCGCGUGUGCCUGCAGUGCGGCGCCGUGCCUAAGGAGGCCUCCGUCUGCCUGCUGUGCGGCACCCUCGUCUGCCUCAAGCAGGCCUGCUGCCGCCGACACCAGGUCGCCGAAGCCGUGCAGCACGCGAUGGAGUGCGGCGGGGGCACGGGCAUCUUCCUGGUGGUGACGUCCACAUACAUAAUAGUGAUCCGAGGUCGGCGCGCCUGUCUGUGGGGCUCGCUAUACCUGGACGACUACGACGAGGAGGAUCGUGACCUGAAGCGCGGCAAGCCGCUCUACCUCAGCCAGGACCGGCUGGAGCUGCUGCAGGCGCAGUGGCUCGCGCACCGCUUCGACCACACCAAGCGCACCUGGGUCUGGCAUCGCGACUCCCUAUGAGGAAGACUUCAAAGAUGAUUCUCUCAUGUAGAAAGCUGACCACGAGCAGUAUACAGAAGACAAAGAAGACGAAUAUUUAUUUCUUACUAACACAAAGAUGCGUCUCCACUGCGUUGAUACAUAACAACAAAUACUUCUCAUAUUUGAAGUAGAAAUAUUAAACAUGUGUUGACAAAAUUGACUUUAACAAGUGUAUUGUAAAAAAAAUCUUUAGCUCUUAAAUUAGAUGAUUUAGCUUAUCUUGAAUUUAUUUGAAAGAUUGUAUAUAUCUUGAUGAUAAAUGAUUAAUGUGUUAGUUAAUAAAAUGUUGAUUUAGUGUAUCUUUGGCAAUAAUAUGUUUAUAUAAUAAUCGUGUAAAAUAGGCUAAAUUUGUCUCAAUUUGCAAUAACUAAAUCUUAUCGUAAAACAUGUUUUUUUUCAGUGGGAAUUAUAGAAUAUUCAUGCGAAGUAACUUUUUAAAAUCUAUUAUAAAUUGCUUAUAAUAAUUAAGAAAUUAAAAAAAAACUCGCUUUAAAUUAGACAUUAAAAAGGAUGAUAUAUAGAGUUGAACUUUAGUUAGAUCUGGACGCUUGCUUAAAUUAAUAAAAGUUGUUUGGUCUUUAAAUAUGUCUAGAUAUAAACUUAAUUAUUUGACUGAUCAUUGUUUCAAAUUGUGAUGGUUUAAAUCAUGGAAAUAUACAGAUUUAAAGUCACUUUAAAACAAGAUUUCAUUGCUUUCAAGGGAACAAUGGAAAAUAUGGUAAUUCUUAUGAUUUUUUAUACUUCAAUUGUAACAACCCAUAUUUAAAACAAUGAACUAAAAAAAUAAUAAACUUUUAGUUUACCAUUUACCAGGAUCAUUGCUAACUAGUGACGUGUCAUAUUGUGACGUGACGUGUCAUAUUCUGACGUGACGUGUCAUUUUGUGACCAGAUGUGUCAUAUUGUGACUCAACGUGUCAUAAUACGUUUAUAUCAUAUGUUGGGCGUUGUUAGGGCUGUGAAUAUGUAAAUUUUUACUUGUCUUAGUGCGUUCGAUGGCGUUAUAUUUAAAAAAUUAUUAUUUAUAUUAUUUUUUAUAUAAAUAUCCUUUCUUUUUAUUAACCAAAAGCCACAUUUCUGUAAUUAAACUUUUAUAGACUUUCAAACUAAAAAGUUUUACUGUAAUUGUAGUUUUCUUUUUUUUUAGUCUGAGAUUUCUGCUUCUAAUGUCAUUUUUAUAAGUUUGACAAUGAAUGUCUUUUUAUUUUGAUCUUUAAUGUAAUACGUUUAAAGUUGAGUUUUGCGCCGAGCGCGCGAUUUUUUUGUUCUGUGCAAUUCUCGUGGCCUUGAUUUUUUUUUGCUUUUUAUUUAAACCUCCUAUAUUGUACACUGUCUAUACAAAAUUGUCAUGUUUCAUAUAGUAAUAGAUUUAGUUUUUUUUAUGUCGAUUUAGUCUUCAUUGUGGAAUGAAUGUAUAUUGAAUUUCUUAUGCUAAUGCAACGAAUUUUGUAGAACUUUAGAUGCGGUUGCUCUUUUUUUCACAAUUUCUAUUUAAAUUUUGUAGUAAUGAAGACUACAAAAACAGUUUGCCCGAAAUAUAUUAACUGUUAAAAGUUGGGUCUAACUUAUUAUUUUCUAAUAAAUAAAAUGAAAUAAAUGAAAAAAAAAAUGCUUAAGACUAUCUUACAUCUUGUCUUAUUUCCUAAAUUUGUACCGAUAGAAUAUCAAGUGCCAACCCAAUGUCUAAUAAAGUACAGCCAGCAAACAUUUUUAUGACAUUUCACGGUUAACGAACAAACAUUAAAAUGUUAUAACCGUUAUUUUAUAACGGAUAACUGCUAUAAAUAACAUGUUGUCGUUAUUUUGUAUUACCGUUUAUCGACAAUUUUUUCAUAAAAAUCUGUUGUACUAAUUAUGUUUCAGCAUAGAUUCGUAGCAAAUGUAUGUUAUAGUUAAACGAAUAGAUGAUUAGAUCUUGCGCAGUCGCUGGUUAACUUUAAUAUGUUACGAGACGCGGAAGAGCGCGGAGUAUUGUUAACACAUUUAUCUAUGAUUGUUCUUGUAUAUAUUCAAUCAUUAAAGUUGUUGAUAUUUCAAA